AUCAUCAUUGCCAUCUAAUCUAAAAUUUGGCACCGGAUAAACAUAGGCCCUGGAAUCCUACAUGUGCAUCAUCAUUUCCUCAUCAUGCGAAGGAUCCACCUGUGCCUCUGACUCCACCAAUCGCAAACUGCGUUCGCCCCGCCGUGUAGAUCCAGUAACCUUACGCUUGUGUAUCCUAUCCUCUCGUUGUACAGUAAUCACUUGUUUACGGCAAAUCCAUCUGGCGCGAAUAAAAGAUCAUUUAUACACACAAUCACACUGCACACACCUAAAUAUAUGGGCUGGCAGUAUUUCGUAUUAUGUAAAGCCCAAUCCACAAAAAUAUCCAAAAGCCCAAUUCAUCAAUAGAAAAUGGCGGGAACAUGACCUGGACUUGGCGGGAAAAACCCACCGCCGUUAUUCAGCGCGGGAAAAUCACCCAACCCCCAUAUAUUUAUCAUUCACUGGAGAAAGAGAAACUAAGAACAGAAAUCGAUUGCCUGAAUUUGAAAGGAGAAAGAGAAACUAAGAACAGAAAUCGAAUAUCAACAAUGGUGGGGUUGCCGUACGAUUGCCUAGCGAACCCACUCGGAGCCGUCCGGUUGACAUUCGAGAAGGCGGUGGGGGCGGGCUCCGACCCGGCGGCGCUUGACGGCAAGGACUGGGGCACCGCCGAUCUCUUCCGUCAGUUUCUCUUUGACGACGGCGCCCUCUCUCAGGUGCCAAUCCUUAAUCCAUCGACCAUCAAACGUGUUCAACCGAACACACUUGUUCGAUUUCGGGGUAUGAUUCAAGACAUGCUGGGAAAUGAAUUCUAUGUUGGUGCAUAUAAGGACGGAUGCAAGUGGAGGACUAAUAAAUUUGCCGAUGCUUCUCCAUGUCCGGUGGACGCUUCGAGCGAUAGUCGAAUUUGGGAGCGGCAAUUGCUUUAUUGUGUUCCGGUACCUGGACAAAAUUCGUGGGUUGAAUCUUCUCACGAAUCUAUAAAAAAUCCGUAUACUGAAUCUAUAUCUCCACCGAGAGAGAAGCGUCCAAGAGAGGAUGAUUCAACCAUGGCUGAUGUUGAUAUGGUGGAGUCGGGCCAUGUACCUGAGGAUUCUCCAAAUCUUAAAAAGAUGCGGGAGGAUGGAAGGACCCUCGAGCCUUCGGAUUUGCAGAUGAUUGGAACUGAAGGAAAAUCGUCUAAUUUGAGUUUGCUUCCCGACCUUGAAAGAAAUUCUUUUCCCUGUCUAGUGAAGACAUACGACUCUCCGGAAUCCAGCUUGAAGCUUAACGAUGUUUUUGAGUUCAUCGGUAUAUUCAGUUUUGAUACUGACCUUACUGUAGAUAGAGAUAAUACCGAUGAACUUGAAGAAGGCUUCUGUGAAGAUGCAUUAGUUUAUCUGCCUCCUGCUAAGGUGCCUCGGCUGCACUGUAUUGUACACCGGAAGAUUGGCGUUAAUGAUUUUCUGUCAAGUCCCUGCUUGGAGUUAACCCCCUCUGCAAUAAGAGAAGUAAGGGAAGCUCUUCUUGGAAAUCUUACAGCUGUUCUCGGAAAUGACAGGGUGGCAGCACAGUAUGUGUUAUUACACCUAUUAUCCAGGGUGCAUGCACGAGUAGAUUCAAUUGCUGUGGGGAAGCUAUCUCUAAAUCUUACCUCUUUCAACAAAGAAAGCAUAUCCGUUUUUGCGAACCGAAUUAAACUUGCAGUAGAAAACAUUCUACCUUUCACCGAAUGCUUACCUCUUACAGUAGAUUAUCUCAACACCGUUUCACUUGCCCCAAAGAAGGACUACACUACAAACAGGCUGGCAUCUGGGUUCUUGCAGUUAGCUGCAGGCUCGCACUUAACCAUCGACGAGACCACAUUACAAUCUGGGACACUCAACUCAACAGGUGUUGAAAACGUACGAGUAUUGAAAAACAUGAUGCAGACACAAAAGGUUGAGUACGAUUUCACUUACUAUAAAAUGGAGAUGGCUGCAGAUGUACAAGUGCUGAUCCUUUCUGAAGGGAAAUCGAAUAUACUGCCUGCUGAUCUGGUUGUACCUUUCCGCCCAUCUGCAGUGGACCCCACUUUGGGAGUGAACGGAGAAAUGCUGAAAGCUUGGAGGUGGUAUUUGGCUACUAUGAAAUCACUACCACAUGCGAUUGAGCCACAUAUGCAGAAGGUGGUUGAAGAUGAUUUAGUUGCAGCUAGGCAAGCCGACAGAAGUUUAGGCAGCCAAGAAUUUAGCAGAUGGCUUACGAUGGGUCGACUAAUGUCGAUUAGUUUUGGUGAAACGAGUUUGUCAAUGGAACACUGGCAGAUGGUCAAAGAGCUCGAGACACUACGCAAGGAGAGAUCGACUUAAGUAAUCUAUUAAUAAUUAGAAGCAGAAGCUGACGACAACUGCAUUUUUAUUUUGUUGUAUGUAAAUUCUUGUAUAAUCAUGUUUUCUGGAAAUGCUGUGAAACAAGAUGAUGAAUAAUUGGUGUUGGAAUACUAUUAAUGUUCUAUUCUCUUCUAAGUAAUCUAUUUGCCACGUCUCUCUA